GCAGCUCUUCGAGAUCAGCCUGCGCGAGGGCCGCGUCGUCUACUGCCCGGGGGAACCGCUGGCCGGGGCCGUGCGCGUGCGCCUGGCGGCUCCACUGCCCUUCCGAGCCAUCCGGGUGACCUGCACAGGAUCCUGUGGGGUCUCCAACAAGGCCAACGACGUGGCAUGGGUGGUGGAGGAGAGCUACUUCAACAGCUCCCUGUCGCUGGCUGACAAGGGGAGUCUACCCACAGGAGAGCACAGCUUUCCCUUCCAGUUCCUGCUUCCAGCCACAGCACCCACAUCUUUCGAGGGUCCAUUUGGGAGGAUUGUGCACCAGGUGAGGGCUACCAUCGACACACCGAGGUUUUCCAAGGAUCACAAGUGCAGCCUGGUAUUCUACAUCUUGAGCCCACUGAACCUGAACAGCAUCCCAGACAUUGAGCAACCCAAUGUGGCCUCCACCACUAAGAAGUUCUCCUACAAGCUGGUGAAGACGGGCAGCGUGGUCCUCACAGCUAGCACUGAUCUUCGUGGCUACGUGGUGGGGCAGGUGCUGCGGCUACAGGCCGACAUCGAGAACCAGUCUGGAAAGGACACAAGCCCUGUGGUGGCCAGUCUGCUGCAGAAAGUGUCCUACAAGGCCAAGCGCUGGAUCUAUGAUGUGCGGACCAUCGCAGAAGUGGAGGGUGCUGCUGUCAAGGCCUGGCGGCGUGCUCAGUGGCAAGAGCAGAUUCUGGUACCUGCCUUGCCCCAGUCAGCCCUGCCAGGCUGCAGCCUCAUCCAUAUCGACUACUACUUGCAGGUCUCUAUGAAGGUGCCUGAAGCCACUGUGACCCUCCCAGUCUUUGUUGGCAAUAUUGCUGUGAACCAAGCCCUGCUGAGUCCCCAGCCUGGCCCAGGGCCCCUUCCCGGGACCUCAUCAACAGUGGUGCCCUCUGCACCACCCCAGGAGGAGGCUGAGGCUGUGGCUGGUGGCCAGCACUUCUCUGACUUGGUUUCCCUCUGCACCAAAAGCCACUCGCAGCAGCAGCCGCUACCUGCUGGCGCCUCAGAACUCUGCGCUCAGGAUGGCAACCCUGCCCCCAACUCUCUGCACCCUCCUUUGUGCAUCUCUACAGGUGCCACUGUCCCCUACUUUGCAGAGGGCUCCGUGGGCCCUCUGCCCACCACCAGCACCUUGAUUCUUCCCCCGGAGUAUAGCUCGUGGGGCUAUCCUUAUGAGGCUCCGCCAUCCUAUGAGCAGAGCUGCGGCAGUGCUGACCCUGGCCUGACCCCUGGGAGCUGACCCUCCAGAGCUGACUUAUGCUGCCUUCUUCGGUGGGCCAGGCCUCUGCCCUGGGACAGGACACCCAGGGCCUUGUGCCUUUGCUCUCUGCCUGGCCCGCCCACUCAGGACCUGUGCCUGCCCAGGACCAGCCUCUCCUGGCUCCCCUAGAGAUGGUCCUCUUCUCCCCUGGGCUGGGGAGGGGCGGCAAGGGCUUGGAACCUGGAGAGACUGUAAAUAAAGCACUUUGUGGAACUGGGCAGAGGCCCACCUGGGCAAUCCGC